AUGACUUGGAGACAGACCUGCGAGGCUCUGGGUACCCAGGACUGGGAACAGCAGGUGGAAGGGGUGGCCGCUGGGUGUCGCUGCUGCGAGGACAAGAAGCCCCAGCCCGAAGCCCUGCCAGCAUUCCGGCCCAAGGUCUCAGCUCGAUACCCUUCAAGGUCCAACACCUACCUGAUUAUAGGGCUGCAGGAUGAGCUGACCAAACGUGGAAUCCUGAAGAACUCGAGUGACUAUGAAGACUUCUGGAAGCUGGUUCAGGAGGAAGCUCUUGGAGUGGACAUGAAAGAAAAGCUUCAGAAGAUAAAAUUUAAGUUGAUGAACCCCAGGCCCUGGCCACCAGCUGCUUCUAGGAGAAAAGAAACUGAGAUGCUGGUCAACGCUGAUCCAGACAGUGGGACAUGCCCGGGGGCACAGGACCAUCCAGGGUAGACCCAGGCAGCUGUGGAGGGUGGUCUGGAGAAGGAGAGAGCAAGGCAAGGGCUGCGCCAGCCUGGCACCAAUCCCAUAACACACGCUAGAUAUACGGCUCACCUUCUCUCUCGACUUACGGAAUGGAGGAAAAGGUGCCAGCAGCGUGAAUCGGCCCCGAGACUGCCCCAAGGACAGGGGGAGAGCAAGAAGAUUACGGGUAAGACGAAGACCGAUUCCCGGAGCAAAAUAUACCUUAGCUGUUUGUACCAGAUGUAUUCCACCUCCCUUGCUAACAUGGAAUUCUCCAGAAGACUGCUGGAGAGAGACGACCGUUUUACCGACAACGUGCACGCUGAGCACAGGGCUGGAAGCCUGCUGGAUUUCAUGGUCCCGAGUAGGCACACGCAGGCAGACGCUCCACCCAAAGAGACGGGGAUGGAGGACCCCCUGGUCCCUGGCCAUCGGCUUCAAGCACCACCUGCACUCCGAUUUCUUAAGUGCCGGAGCCCAGAAAGUCCACAGAGAAGUUCCCGCUUGAGGACAGAAAGACACCAAGUGACCCUGUGUGGCAGGAGCAAGCUUUCAGAUCACGUGAGGGGCAAGCUUGCUCCUGCUGGGAUGCCCACAGACCCCAGGCUUACAGCACCCCUGACCCUGGAACACAUGAUCCAGACCCAUCCUGUGCUGGAGGCUAAGACAGCAUGUCGAUACUGGGUGCACUAUGUGGAUGAAGAAUAA